CCGAGUUGCAGAGUACGGCACGCCUCUCAGUAGUAGGCUUGUGAUUUUGCUAACCGAAGCGGCAGACUACUUUACCAAGCUGCUUGAGGAUGACCUGAAAGCCGUGGUCAAGCCGCAGUACGUGGACCAGAUUCCUAAAGCCAUCCGCCAGGCCGACAAGAGCGUCAAGACUUUGAUUGAGAGCCGCCAGGCAAUGGACAACCUGGAUGAGGUGGUCGACACUCUCGAAUUGCGCCACAUUUAUGACCGCGAUGUUACUCUCCUUUCUGGUGGCGAGCUUCAGCGUUUCGCUAUCGGAACCGUCUGCGUCCAGAAGGCCGAUGUGUACAUGUUCGAUGAGCCGUCUUCGUAUCUCGAUGUGAAGCAGAGACUCAGCGCUGCUCGUAUCAUCCGAUCGCUUCUGCGUCCUGAUGAUUAUGUCAUUGUCGUCGAGCACGAUUUGUCCGUGCUUGACUAUCUCUCUGACUUCAUUUGUGUUCUCUACGGACAGCCGGCUGUUUAUGGUGUCGUCACGCUCCCUCACUCGGUCCGUGAAGGCAUCAACAUCUUCCUGGAUGGCCACAUUCCGACCGAAAACCUACGAUUCCGCGAGGAAAGCUUGACUUUCCGUAUUGCCGAAGGAACCGAGGACUUUGUGGCCGAAAAAUCCCGUGCUUUCCGCUACCCGGCAAUGGAGAAGACUCUUGGAAACUUCAAAUUGAGCAUUGAUCCGGGUAGCUUCUCUGACUCUGAAAUCAUUGUCAUGAUGGGCGAGAACGGUACUGGCAAGACCACUUUCUGCCGUCUUCUUGCAGGCGCUCUCAAGCCUGACGGGACCAAGAAGGUCCCUGAGAUGAAGAUUAGCAUGAAACCUCAGACGAUUACGCCCAAAUUCGAGGGCACGGUCAGGCAGCUGUUCUUCAAGAAAAUCAAGGCGGCAUUCCUGUCUCCCCAGUUCCAGACGGAUGUCGUCAAGCCCCUUAAGCUUGAUGAUUUCAUUGAUCAGGAAGUGAAGAACUUGUCCGGUGGUGAACUUCAAAGAGUGGCCAUUGUUCUGGCCCUGGGCCUGCCAGCCGACAUCUAUCUCAUCGACGAACCCUCUGCCUGUAAGUUGUGUUUAUUCUCGUAUACCCUAUCGUCGUUGUAGAUCAGCUCACUUAUACGCCUGCAGACCUCGACUCGGAGCAGCGUAUCGUGGCUAGCCGUGUCAUUAAGCGGUUCAUUAUGCACGCCAAGAAGACUGCAUUCAUUGUCGAGCACGAUUUCAUCAUGGCUACCUAUCUCGCUGAUCGUGUCAUCGUCUUUGACGGUCA